GGGAUGCCCUCCACCCCUGCGGACACCCUCCCCAGGGGGGGGGAUGACGUGAGAACACCCCCUCCUUCUGACUACUUUCGCACUCGGCUCAGGCCACCCACCCGAAGCCUUGAUAAGGAAAGGGAGUUGGCGCUUCCAAACAGAAGCCUGGGAGCCUCUGGGGUGACUUACCUUUUGGGCAGGUAAAAGUCCCUCUGCUUUUUCCAGCUCCUGAGACCAGCUGCAGAACAGUGGCUGACGGGGAAAGUUCUCAGAGAUGAUGGAUGUGGGCAAGGACCCCCAGAUUAAAAGAGUGCCCUGAGAUGGGGGCUUACUGAUCUGUAGCCCCCCCCCCAACCCACUGCCCGGUAUGCAGACAACCUCAGAGCUGUUCUUGCUGCUGAUUCAGUUCUACCAGACAAUAGAGGCUCACCCCACGGGGUCUUCAGUCCAAGAGAUGUUGGAAGCCUGGCAGGGGUACCAAGAGGCCUGCAUUCGAAAGAUGACCGAAGACCCUCAACCAACAGGCCUGGUGUGCAACCGUACGUUUGAUAUGUAUGCCUGUUGGGACGAUACCCUCCCCAACACCUCGGCCCAGGUUCCUUGCCCCUCGUACCUCCCUUGGCACCAGCAAGUGCAAGAUGGGUUUGUGUUCCAGAAAUGUGGCGCAGAUGGGCAGUGGGUGGUUGAUGCCGCCGGACUGCCGUGGCGGGAUCAUUCCCAGUGCGUGGGCCCCAACGACGAUAUCCCUUUCCAGAAACAUUUGUGGAUCCUGGAGCAAUUCCGCCGGAUGUACACCGUGGGAUACUCCGUCUCCAUCCUGUCGCUCCUCGUGGCUUUGACGCUGCUGGCAGCCUUCAGGAAGCUCCGAUGCAUGCGCAAUUACAUCCACAUGAACCUCUUCCUGUCCUACGUGCUGCGGGCAGCCUCCAUCCUCCUCCGGGACGGCCUCCUCUGGCUUCACUUCCCCCGGGACGUCCAGGUGGAUCUCUCGGACCUUCCAAGGGAUCAGUAUGCGUCUGUGCAACACUUGGUACUAUGGAAGGGCGUCUACCCUGCACAAACCUUCGGGACCCAUGGCCUUCUUGGAAGAAAGUUACUUCCUGCGUAUCUACUCCUCGGAUGGGGGGCCCCCCUCUUCUUCGUCAUCCCGUGGGGGACCAUGAGAUACCUCUAUGAAACAACGAGUGUUGGGAGAGAAAACGACAACCUGGGUUACUGGUGGAUCAUCCGUUGCCCAAUCUUGGUAUCAAUUUUGGUUAACUUUGUGAUUUUCAUCCGAGUUCUUAAGACCCUGAACUCCAAACUUCGGAGGCUCAGCAAAUGCAUUACACGGAUUACAAGGUUGGCCAAGUCGACUGUAACCCUCAUCCCUCUGCUGGGCACCCACGGGGUGGCUUUCGCCCUGGUGACGGAGGAGCAGGCGCUGGGCACCCUGCGCUACAUCAAAUUCUUCUUUGAGCUCUUCUUCAACUCCUUCCAGGGUCUGUUGGUGAGCACGCUUUACUGCUUUGUCAAUAAAGAGGUCCAGUCCGAGAUCCAGAGAAAGUGGAAGAUGUGCCGGUUGAACACCGGCCUGCUGGAGAAACCGGGACGCCAUUUCGUUCUCUGCCAUUCCCGGUGCAACCGAAAAAGCCCAACCAGGAAGCCCAGCUGCGCUCAGAUUCACAUCCAAGUAGGACCCAAACUUGCUCCCAGUGACUUGGACAAUGUGGCGGGCGCUCCGUUCCAGCGGCGCCCGCAAACUACAACUCCCACUGGUACAUCCCCAUCAGGAUGAAAGUGGAGAAUUAGCACGGCGACUGCCGUCUUCAAGACCAAGGCUGACACCAGCUCCCUUCCAGAUGUGGCACAAAGCUGCCAGGCAUACCAAAAGCUGAAGGGGCCUUCAGACAGGCAGGAAGCCGAUGCAGCUGUCAACAUCUGGAGGAACAGGGGAAGAAAAUUGUCCCCUGCCUGCCGGCAGAAAAAAAUAAAAAGCCACCUCCAGGCGACCCCCAUGAACACUUUGGAGAUUACAAGUGGGUGGAUUUUACGUCGCCGUUUUGGUGAGUUACUGAGGAAGCCGGCAAGAUUUACACAGAGCUGCUGUGACAGACCCAAUCUGGAACUAUUCACGUGAGAACCUUGGCCAUCUUGAGAUCUCACAAUGACUUCAUGCAGAAUCCAUGGGUUGUGUGUUUGUUUUUUAGCAACAGCGCAGAAAUGGUUUUUGCUGCCCUGUUGUGAGAUUUCACUUUCCCAUCUCAAUGUCACUCGGACUGAAAUCGUAAUCCGGGAUGGGUCGGUAGAUCUGAAUUAAAAGAGCUCUUGGAUCUGCUAAUGUCAAAAUCCCUCUGGAUUAAAACUGCUGAGAUCAAGGGGAGUUACGGGAAUUAUUUUGUUGAUUUCAAUUGGUGCAGAUUUAUACUGUGGUGACACCCCCACCUUCACUGGACUGAUGCAAUCUGCUAAAAUAAGAUAUAACGCGCCCUUCAGGUUUCUAGGUACAGGAAUAUAUUGACGGAAUCCUUGAAUUAACUAUAAAACCAAUGGACACGUUUUCACGGGGGGGGGGGGGGUUCCAGGCUGCGUGAAGAGAUGAGGAAGUUUGGGACUUCUUCUUUCGUAGUUUUCUUGCAAGUUAAUCUCUUCCUGGUGCAAUAUUUUAUUUAUUUAUUGUCAAUUAAAAAUGGUUUG